UUUUGAUUAUUAUUUCAGUAACAUUUUGCAACUGUAACUGUAACUGUUUUGUGUCUCAAAUUUUAUACAAAAAUGAGCUCAAAUAAUUACGCAGAGCAAGCUAAUCGCAUUUUGAGCAGUGAAAAUCUGCAAAAUGUCGGAACCAUCGAGCAGGAACUAAUAGACCGCAAUUUGCUGCACGAAUCUGAACGAUUUCUAUCAUUUGAUCGACACAGUGUUGCGUUCAAGCAGACAAAGGUCGAAACAACGGAACAGAUUGAUGGCCGUGUGAAAAAAUGCAACGAAUUGCGUGAACGAUUGAAAAAAUUCACCAAAACCAUGAGAAAAUCGUUUCCACAAGCAGAUCGUCAUUGCGAUAAACACCAAAACGCAAAUCCAAUCGAAGUGGCCGAAUUAUUGAAUAAGCUCAACGAGAAGGAAGUACCGAUGCCGGACUUGGUCAAUGUUUUACAGGCGGAUGAAGCGGUCUUCCAGCAACAUAAAUCGAAUAUUGAGAAAGUGAAUAAACUCAUGGAAACAGUGAAGGGAUAUGAAUGUGCGAUCAAAACUUUACCAGCUGUUGGCAUGAUCAGCGAAACGGUUACGCUUUUGCAAGAGAUAAUCAACGAUGUCGAUUACCUCAAUGAAUCCGAAACGAUGUACGCUGGUCUUUCGAAGCAGGCACCGUGCUAUCUUUACGACCAAGAAGUCAAAGAUCUAUCCAAUCAUCUAUACAUGCAAUAACGUCAUACGAAACAACGAACUCUGGUCUUUGGCGAAGCAGUGCCAUCUUUAUGCCGAUGAAAUCAAAGAUUCGUCCUCUCAUUUGUACAUACGAUAAUUUAGAAUUUUUUUUUUAUUUUUUUCCUUUAUUUUAAAUAAACCACAAUACA